AUGGGAAAACCGGGGCGGAAAUCCAAGGCCAAGGCGAAAGCCAACCCUGAGACUGAGGCAGCUGCCCCAGACAGCAUACCCGCCUCAACUGAGGAGUACGCAAAGGCUUGGGACCUCGUGCAGGAAGCCAUUUUGACGUUGAGGGCCGCCGGCACGUGGGUUGAGCACAAGACUGAACCGAAUCCUCUGGCUGGGUUGUGCUCCCUGCCCAACGAUUUCAAGGGGACGGACAUUCCUUCUGCUGAUCAGACUCCAGACUGCAUUCUGCUCUUGUCGUCUUGCUGCUGUUGUCUCCCGUGUGUUCGGUGCAACCUCGUCUUGGGGGAUUUGGAUUUCGUCAACCCGAAUUUCUCGACCAUGAGCCUUUCGCGGACCGACGUCGCGAGUGCCAGGGCCUACUGGUACAACCCGGCCGCACCGGUCGCAGAGUUGCCCACAGUGACGGCCCUUUGCAGCGACGACAGCCAGGGAGGCUUGGCCCCUGUUACGCGGCUUGCACAACUCUCGGCAUUCGUGCUAGAAUGGGCGGCAGCCACCGGGGCUGUUCCGGCGAUGCUUCUUCGUGGGUCCCCAGAUUCGGCCGACAGCUUCUGGCAUCUCCACGCACAUGGCGAAAAUAUGGAAAAAGUCGCCCAAGAGGAAAGCAAUGCCUAUUGUUGCCGGCUGGCUGAUCGCCUCUUCCAGUUGCAGCUGCUGCUGAAGUCCAUGGGGAAAAGGUCUACGGCCGAAGACAUCUUCCAAGAGUUUCAGGCAAAAGUUGCUGAUGGAAAGCUCAAGUUCGCGAGCGAAGAGAGCAAGGUGCGGUCGUCGGAUAUGGUUUCUAAGCUCUUGCGGUUGCGAGAGAGGGCAACGGAAGCAUCGACAUGGGAAUUGUUGCGGGAGAUGCAACGAGGCCCUUCUGGUGUGACUUGGGCUGGCCGUUGGAGCUCCGCGGUUCGACUGUUAGGCCCAAGUCGCGACAAAGUCGACUUUGAGUGGUUGAUCAAGCAGCUGGCAAGGGCCUUUGGUAACGAGUUCUUCGACAAGAAGUUCGACAGAAGUGUGGCGGAAAUGACCAAAGAAAGUGUCGAGACGACGUGCAAGGCUCUCCUCGCCACGAGAAGGUUGAUGGCACGGCUAGUGAAAGAAUGCAGUGCUCCCGGCCAGAGCAGAAAGUGGCUGGACUCCCUGGCCGGCAUGCUUUCGCCUGAGAGGAUACACGUCUCCGCCGCGACGGACGUCUCCGACGACUUCCUCGCGACGGCGAUGCUCGGAGCGACGGACAGCGAGGCCGGGGUGCUGACCUUGCUCAACGACCUGGCCAACUUGAAGUACCUGAAGGCAAUCGGGGCUGUCGCAGCCUAUGUGAACACUUCGUCAUCCCAGUGGAGCGACCACAGAAUCCAAAGCAUCGUCUCCGAAACGGUCCAGGCGUACGGGAAAGAGCACCUGCGACCGAUCGUGCCGCCGGCUGUGACAGAGCCCCCGCCUGCUCCUGCUGAGGAGCCGGAGACUGCUGCUUGGAACGACGCAGAUGUUGCUGCUGCUGGUCCUGGUUCUUCAACUUCGGCCCCUGCCACGGCGGUGCUUCGUGACCAAAGGCUGCGAGAGGCGGCAACACACGAAAUGCAGAGGUACUCCAAGAUGUUGGUUGUGAGCGACCUCGUCGACGCCAACGGUGUCCAGUCUGUGCUUUCUCCGAGCCCUGGCUGUUUGGUAAAAAAUCUUGAAAGACAGCUGAACCUAAGACCUAAGGAUGUUGAAGAUGCUGCAGCCCCGCAUGGCCAACGAGCAGGAGCACCGGGUUUGGGUGUUCGACAGUGCCAUGUUGAUGGAGACGGGUACUGCAUGGAGCAAAACCCAUAA